CUUGUAACAGUGUAUACUGCCAUGUUGCAGACCGCAAUGAGACACAUCGGUUGUCUGUAAUUUCGAUACCAGAAUAGUAUCGCUACUUAUUAGGACGACCGACAUGGAAAUUAUGCCACGACAGGCAUUUUGCCUUUUAUCAGUGAUCCUGAUAAGUUCUCGCGCCAUCCACUGCGCCCAAUGCCUGCCCGGCUGGCUGAAAUGGCAGCAAUCUUGUUACAUCUUACUGCCGGACAAGAUGGAUUGGUUUGAGGCAUCGGAGGCUUGUAACCGACCGGGAAGUGGCCUGGUUGUGCCCAACUCGCGGGAAGAAAAUGACUUCGUCUGGAAGUCAGUGGGGCCACAGACUGACGGUAUGUGGAUCGGCUGUACAGAUGCGGCCCAAGAGGGUAUCUGGCUGUGCGGAGGUCAACCUGUGACUUUCAGCAGUUGGUAUUGGGGAAAUCCGCACAACGACAGCCAUUGCAACUGCGCCCGGAUGACGGUAUACGGUGCCGGGGUCUCUUGGGCCGACGAUGUUCCUUGCGGCGGCAGCAACAACCGCAAACAUGCAGCCUGUGAGAUGACGGUAUCUGCGGUACCAGCCUACCACACCAUCACCGGUCCUGAUGGGCGUAUCCCCCAGCAAUGCCUCCUCCAUCACGACAUCAAGAAUCUGAAGGUAGAUGGCGUGCUUGCUUGUGGCUGGGCGUGCCUGGCCGAUCCCCGAUGCCGCUCCUUUAAUCUCUGGCAGAGCAUCAAGAGGGAAAAGAUGUGUCAACUCAAUGACGUCACUCGUCAAGCGGCCGACGGCAACGACUUCAAGGCAACCGAUAACUGUUACUAUUUUGACUUGUAAUAAAUGAUGGAAACUUUGCUGUGGAAACUUUGAGUUGGAAGUAGAUGUCAAUGCUAGUUUUCAAACACCUCGUCACAAUUUUGGUUGAUAUACUAUUAAAAGCUGUUAGUUUGUUCGGUUCGGGCACUGCACAAUUUGACGUUUUAUAAAUAAUGACUGCAAGUACAGUCAUAUCAGUUUCACAUUGCACUUUAUACAUGAUUGUACACCACACCGUCAUGUGACUUCUCACGUGCUUCAAUAUCAAAGGCAUUGAGCAUCAUUAUAACUGUUCUGGUCAUCUUCGGGAGCUAACAUGACUACAGAGCUUGUCCGAGUACGGAUAGUGACAUUGUAUGGCACCAGUAGAUCUACCAAUAGACAAACGAUCAUCUUCGGGCUUUGUUAAUUGUUGCUUGCUUUGUGUUUGUGCUAAAAUUUAGCUUAUAUAGAGAAGAGUAAACAGCUUAAGUAGAAUACACGUCAAGUAAAAUCAUCAGCACAAUUUGUGUGGUGUCAAAGUAGAAAUAUUACCAUUAAACGCGGGAACUCGUCAUUCAAAUCAUCAGGAGUUUCAAUGCAUAGAGAGAAUAGAAAUUUGUUCCAAACUGUUACCGGUACUUCUUCGACUUG